CGGUGACUGGCUGGAAAGGGCAGUCCCUAGAACGGACUGAGCCCGGGGGUUAAUUGCUGAGUGAAAGGGCAAGACUGGUGAAAGAGAAUAGUGGAAAAGGGGUGGAGUCUAGUGCAAUGAGCCGGACCGGAUGGAAUGAACACCUCAGGCGACGGAGAGGGCCUUGAGAGAGGCGUUUAGAAGGCGGUGGGGAAUGGGAUAGCACCCUCAUCAGGGGCGAAGUCCCCCCGACCAUGACCUCCACCGGCCAGGAUUCCACCACAACCAGGCAGCGAAGGAGUAGGCACAAGCCCCAGUCACCCCCUCACGACUCCAGCGUCUCCUCGAAGCGAAAUGUUAAGAAGGGCGCUGUAUCCCGCUCCAGCACCAAUCUAGCGGAGGUGAAGAAGAAAGGCAAAGCGAAGAAGCUCAGCCAAGCACCCGAAGAAGACCUAGUCAUGGGGCUGCAAGGGCUGGAUCUGAACCGUGAAGCCAAGGCACUGGCUGGAACUGGCUUGGUGUUCGAUGAGCAGCUAAAUGAAUUCCACUGCCUCUGGGAUGACAGCUUCCCUGAAGGCCCUGAGCGGCUCCAUGCCAUCAAGGAGCAGCUGAUCCAGGAGGGCCUUCUGGAUCGCUGCGUGUCCUUUCAGGCCCGCUUUGCCGAAAAGGAGGAGCUAAUGUUGGUUCACAGCCUAGAAUUCAUUGAUCUGAUGGAGACGACCCAGUAUAUGAAUGAGGGGCAACUCCGCAUCCUAGCAGACACCUAUGAUUCAGUUUAUCUGCAUCCGAACUCAUAUACCUGUGCCUGCCUGGCCUCAGGCUCUGUCCUCAGGCUGGUAGAUGCGGUCCUGGGGGCUGAGAUCCAGAAUGGCAUGGCCAUCAUCAGGCCUCCUGGACACCAUGCCCAGCACAGUCUUAUGGAUGGGUAUUGCAUGUUUAACCAUGUGGCUGUGGCUGCCCGCUACGCUCAACAGAAGCAUGGCAUUCAGAGGGUCCUUAUUGUGGAUUGGGAUGUGCACCAUGGCCAAGGAACGCAGUUCACCUUCGACCAGGACCCCAGUGUCCUCUAUUUCUCCAUUCACCGCUACGAGCAGGGUCGGUUCUGGCCCCACCUUAAGGCCUCUAACUGGUCUACCACAGGUUUUGGCCAAGGCCAAGGAUACACCAUCAAUGUGCCUUGGAACCAGGUGGGGAUGCGGGAUGCUGACUACAUUGCUGCCUUCCUGCACAUCUUGCUGCCAGUUGCCCUUGAGUUCCAGCCUCAGCUAGUCCUGGUGGCUGCUGGAUUUGAUGCCCUCCAAGGGGACCCAAAGGGCGAGAUGGCCGCCACUCCGGCAGGGUUCGCCCAGCUAACCCACCUGCUCAUGGGUCUGGCAGAAGGCAAGCUGAUCCUGUCUCUGGAGGGUGGCUACAACCUCCGCUCCCUGGCUGAGGGUGUCAGCGCCUCGCUCCACACCCUUCUGGGAGACCCUUGCCCCAUGCUGGAGUCCAUUGGUGCCCCCUGCCAGAGUGCCCAAGCUUCUCUCUCCUGCACGCUGGAAGCCCUCGAGCCCUUCUGGGAGGUCCUUGUGAGAUCAGCUGAGACCCUGGAGGAGGACAACGUGGAGGAGAAUGAGGAAGGACCCUGGGAGCCCCCUGCGCUUCCAAUCCUGACAUGGCCAGUGCUGCAAGCUCGCACAGGGCUGGUCUAUGACCAACGUAUGAUGAGUCACUACAGCUUAUGGGACAGCUACCACCCUGAGAUGCCCCAGCGCAUCUUGCACAUCAUGUGCAGUCUGGAGGAGCUGGGCCUUGCCAAGCGCUGCCUCACCCUGCCCGCACGGCCCGCCACAGAAGCUGAGCUGCUCACCUGCCAUAGUGCUGAGUACGUGCAUCGGCUUCGGGCCACAGAGAAGAUGAAAAGCCGGGAGCUGCACCUCGAGAGUGCCAACUUUGACUCCGUCUACAUCUGCCCCAGCACCUUCACCUGUGCACAGCUCGCCACAGGCGCCGUCUGCCGCCUGGUGGAGGCUGUGCUGGCAGGAGAGGUCUUGAAUGGUACUGCGGUGGUGCGCCCCCCAGGACACCACGCCGAGCGGGACUUUGCUUGUGGUUUCUGCUUUUUCAACUCUGUGGCUGUGGCUGCUCGCCAUGCCCAAGCCAUCAGUGGGCGUGCCCUGCGGAUCCUGAUCGUGGAUUGGGACGUCCAUCAUGGUAAUGGAACUCAGCACAUAUUUGAGGAGGACCCCAGUGUGCUAUAUGUGUCCCUGCACCGCUAUGAUCGUGGCACCUUCUUCCCUGUGGGGGAUGAGGGCGCCAGCAGCCAGGUGGGCCGGGCUGCAGGCACAGGCUUCACUGUCAACGUGGCCUGGAAUGGGCCCCACAUGGGUGAUGCUGACUACCUGACUGCCUGGCAUCGUCUGGUGCUUCCCAUUGCCUACGAGUUUAACCCAGAACUGGUGCUGGUCUCAGCUGGCUUUGAUGCCGCCCUGGGGGACCCACUCGGGUGCUGCCAGGUGUCGCCUGAGGGUUAUGCCCAUCUUACCCACCUGCUGAUGGGCCUUGCCAAUGGCCACAUUAUCCUGAUCCUAGAGGGUGGCUAUAACCUGACAUCCAUCUCGGAGUCCAUGGCCGCCUGCACCCGCUCCCUCCUUGGAGACCCACCACCCCUGCUGGCCCUGCAGCGACCCCCUCAGUCAAGGGCCCUGGCCUCAAUCACUGAGACCAUCCAAGUCCAUCGCAGAUACUGGCGCAGCUUGCGGGUCAUGAAGGUAGAAGACAAGGAGGGAACCUCCAGUUCUAAGUCGGUCAUCAAUAAUACUCCCCAAUCAGCCAAUCCUGAGUCUGCUAAGGGGAUGACCACUACAGAAGAGAGCCUUUUGGAAGCAGGCAUGGGGAAGGCCACCUCAGAGUUAUCUGUGGAAGAGUUCACUCCAGGCCAGACUAUGUCAGAGACAGCUGUGGUGGCACUCAUUCAAGAUCAGUCCUUGGAGGCAGCCACAGGGGGAGCCAUGCCAGACCAGACCACCUUGGAGGCAGCCAUGGGGGAAGCCACGCUGGACCAGACCAUCUCAGAGGAGGUUGUUGGGGGAGCUAUGCUGGAAAAGACCACCUCAGAGAAGACUCUGAGGGGAGCCACACUGAGCCAGACCACCUCAGAGGCAGCUACUGGGGGAGCCACGCUGGACCAGAACACCUCAGAGAAGGCUGUGGGGGAUGCUGAGCUGAUCCAAACUCCUCUAGCCUCAUGCACAGACAACCAGACCCCCCCAGUCUCACUCAUGCAGGGAGCCACACCCCAGUCAUGUCCCAGUAUGCUGAUUAGGAGUCUCAGGACCUUGGAACUUGGCAACAAAGCUCAGGAGGCCCUAGAAUUUCAGACCCCAGAAGAGGAGAGCCUACCAGGAGAGGCAGCUGGAGGUCAGGACAUAGAUGAUUCGAUGUCGAUGCAGGGAUUUGUGGACCUUGCUGACACUGACCAGGUCACAUUUUAUGCUGUGACACCACUGUCCUGGUGUCCCCAUUUGGUGGCAGUAUGCCCCAUACCUGCAGCAGGCCUGAAUGUUACCCAACCUUGUCGGGACUGUGGAACAUACCAGGAGAAUUGGGUGUGUCUGUCUUGCUAUGAGGUCUACUGCAGUCGUUACAUCAACGCCCAUAUGAUCCAACACCAUGAAGCCUCUGGACACCCGCUGGUCCUCAGCUAUGUUGACCUGUCUGCCUGGUGUUACCUCUGUCAGGCUUAUGUCCACCACCAGGCUCUUGUAGAUGUGAAGAACAUCGCCCACCAGGACAAGUUUGGGGAGGACGGGCCCCACCUGCACUAAAUCCCAGAAUGAACUCCACCUUCUCUACCUUCUGAGGCCCAAGAUAGAGCAGCCUUAGUUCAUUCCAACCUGUACCGUGGAUGAGGUGUAGCCUGUCACUGCAUCCCAUCCUGAAUAUCCUUUGCCACUUCCCAAGGGUGCUUAUUUAACUGUAAAUACUUUUAAGAGGACUACAAUGAACAAUUGUGAAUCUCUCCCUGCCCACUGCCUGCUUCAGGGAUGCCACCACCCCACCCCAGAAGGAAAGCGGGGGAGCUCAGUGGCCCCAAGA